AAAUCGUUUUAUCUGAAAAGAAAAUUUUUGUAGCUGAGAGAGUUCAAAGGGAAAGAUAUUUAUUUUUUUCCCCCUUUCGGUGAAGUUUGCGAUAUCUUUCUCUGUGGUACUUUCUUUCUUCUUUCAGUUCUCAUUCUCUCUAGGGUUUUCGAGAUCGGACGAAUUGCCCAUUUUGUCCCUCCGCUCUAAUAUUGAAGGAUUUGAACUCUACCCUUGUGUUACUGACUGUUGCGUUUAGCUUCCAAUUUCGUUCGAUGGAUGCGUGAUUGUGAAGGUAUGGAUGAAGGACUGAUGGAUGAAGUGGCUCCAGUUGAUGUAGCCGAAGUGGCUCACAUCCAGCGCAAAGAGAUUGAGUAUCCAUUGAAAUCGGAAAAUUGCAAUAUAGUGGAACCCCGGGAUUUGCACAUAAACAAGGAGAAUGAUUAUUCUGAAAGUUCGUUCCAUGUACUCGCAAAGAUCUUAGAGGGUGAGGAUGUAGAUGGUGGGGUAAACUCUGUCAAUGCAUCUGAAGGCCGAUGUGCCAGUCCUCGUUACAUGGAUGAUGCUGGUAACAUGGUUGAGGAGUUGAUGGUGAGAAAUGACAGUACUUCAAACGUAGCUGUAGUGGGUACGUCAAACAAUAGGGAAAGACUGCAGACUAGGCAAAAUCAGUGGCAGCAUCUGUAUCAACUGGCUGGAGGGUCAGGAAGUGCGAGUUCGCGUGGUGAUUCUACACAUAGGGAUGAUGGUCAGGCAAUGCCAAGCAGUCAUGAGGAUGUGGAUCGCUCAUCUUUUUCAGAGUCUUUGGCUCAAAAACCAUCAAUUGAUGGUCGCGUUGCAGUCAUGGAACGGUUGACUGAUCCUGAAAAUGAAGGAGUCAUGAGCGGUUUGUCUUCUCAUGGAGGUAUCCGCACAAAGAUUCUAUCAAAAUCAGGUUUUUCUCAGUUUUUUGUCAAAAAUACAUUGAAAGGUAAGGGUGUCAUUUAUAGAGGCCCACCUCAGAAUAAUACUAGAAUUGUGCCUAAAGAGCAGAAUAAUGCCAAGGCUGCUGUUUGUGGUGUGGUGGCUCCAAGUGCUUCAAUGGAUUUGAUUGCCCAAAAUAAGCUACCAUAUUCCUGUUAUACUCGAUCUGGGCCUGGUAGUUCUACAAAUAAUGGAGUGAAUUUAAGGGAGUGGCUUAGUACACGCCGUGAGGUGAAUAAGAUUGAGAGCUUAAAUAUAUUUAGGCAGGUUCUGGAUCUGGUGGAUCACUUUCACUCUCAAGAGGUUGCCUUGCUUGACUUACAGCCAUCUGCGUUCAAGUUGUUGCAAUCAAAUCAGGUUAAGUACCUUGGAUCCACUCUACAGAGAGAAAUGUCAGAAAGUGUUACUGAUCAAGAGAUUCCUUUCCUUGGAAAUGGUGUGAUUAGAAGAAGGCCACUUGACCAGGGAAUGUUUCCUUCUGUUGGUCUAUGUGGAAAAAAGCAAAAGUUUAGUGAGAACGGGAACCUUAGGACACGGUGGCCUUUUUGUCCUUCAAAAUAUGGCUUCAAACUCGAGACUGCUAAUGACAUUGAGAGCAAAGUAGCUGAUAAACAAAAUUCUCGGGACGAAUAUGACCAAACUCACCAUAUUUUUGGUUCUGGGAUUCAGAGAAAGUCAAGUAGCCCUCCUGCAUCAAGUACAGCUCUACAACAGUCUGCAUCUAUAGGUCUCCAGCUGGAAGUGAAGUGGUAUAAGAGUCCCGAGGAGCUCAGCGAGGGUGUCUGCACAAUUUCAUCAAAUAUUUAUAGCCUCGGAGUUCUUUUCUUUGAGUUACUUGGUCAUUUUGACUCUGAAAGGGCGCAUGAUGCAGCGUUGAUGGAUCUGCGCCACAGGAUUCUUCCGCCUACUUUUCUAUCAGAAAAUCCAAAGGAAGCUGGAUUCUGUCUAUGGUUACUCUAUCCUGAUCCUCGGUCACGCCCAACAACUAGGGAAAUUGUACAAUCUGAAGUAAUCAAUGGAUUGCAUGAUGUUUCUCUUGAGGAAUUGUCGUCGUCCAUCGACCAAGAUGAUGCUGAAUCAGAGCUAUCGUUGCAUUUCCUUAAUUCUUUGAAAGGGCAUAAGGAGAAACAUGCUGUGGAGUUGGCUCAGGACAUUAGGUGCGUAGAAGCGGAUAUUGAAGAGAUUGAGAGGAGGAACUGUCCAAAGAGUCCCUUGAUUCAUCCUUUCUUGAACAAUGACUUGCUCGCUACUAGGGAUGUCUCAUCCCUUCGCAAAGCUACUUCAAGUUCAGAGGCAAUUUCUCGUUCAAUACCUAAAUCUCCUCCAAAUGAAAUGAGGUGGGUGAGGAAUAUAAAUCACCUUGAGAGUGCUUAUUUUUCCAUGAGAUUCAAAGUACAGCACCCUGAGAUUGAUGGCAGCAUUCGUCCAGAUAGGGAUUUAUUAAGAAAUUGUGAGAACAGGCAUUCAUCAGGUGAUGAUGAAGCAAAUCGAAAUCCCACUGACCAUGUUGGAGCUUUCUUUGAUGGCAUGUGCAAGUAUGCUCGUUUUAGUAAGUUUGAAGCAUGUGGGCUCCUAAGAACCGGGGAUUUCAACAAUUCUGCCAAUGUAAUUUGCUCUUUGAGUUUCGACCGGGAUGAAGACUAUUUUGCUGCUGCCUGGGUAUCAAAGAAAAUAAAGAUUUUUGAGUUCAAUGCGCUCUUUAAUGAUUCUGUUGAUAUUCAUUAUCCAGUAGCGGAGAUGUCAAACAAAUCGAAGCUCAGCUGCAUUUGCUGGAACAACUAUAUCAAGAAUUAUCUGGCUUCAACUGACUAUGAUGGUGUGGUUAAGUUAUGGGAUGCAAGUACUGGACAAGGGGUUUCUCAAUAUAGCGAGCACAAUAAGAGGGCCUGGUCUGUUGACUUUUCUCAAGUACAUCCCACAAAGCUAGCCAGUGGAAGUGACGAUUGUUCUGUGAAACUGUGGAGCAUUAGUGAGAAAAACUGUUUGGGCACAAUUAGGAACAUUGCAAACAUCUGCUGCGUCCAGUUCUCUGCACACUCCACUAAUUUACUGGCCUUUGGGUCUGCAGAUUACAGAACCUACUGUUACGAUCUUCGGAAUGCCAGAGUCCCUUGGUGUGUGUUACCUGGCCAUGCCAAAGCUGUGAGUUAUGUUAAAUUCCUGGACUCUGAAACUCUUGUGACUGCAUCCACUGACAACACACUAAAAAUUUGGGACCUCAACAAAACGAGCUCUGGUGGGUUGUCGACUGAUGCUUGCAGCUUAACACUUAGAGGGCAUACUAAUGAGAAGAACUUUGUUGGCUUGUCCAUCUCCAAUGGUUAUAUAGGUUGUGGUUCAGAAACAAAUGAGGUUUAUGCUUACUAUAGAUCCCUACCUAUGCCUAUCACAUCGCACAAGUUUGGUUCUGUUGAUCCUAUAUCCGGAAAAGAGACUGAUGAUGAUAAUGGGCAGUUUGUAUCUAGUGUCUGCUGGAGAGGGAAAUCAGACAUGGUUGUUGCUGCCAACUCAAGUGGUUGCAUCAAGGUGUUGCGAAUGGUUUGAGGGUCACGUUUUAGAGGAUGAAGGAAUUGCUCUCUUCUUUUUUCCUCCAGGGGGGUCAUUUCUAAGCGAUGCUUUGAGCAACUCAGAAUCGUGUGGCACCCCAUUCUAGCUACACCUGAAUUGCUGGUGACAUGGUUCUUGCUCCGGAGAAAACUGCAGCCAGAGGAGUAAAUUUUAAAUCUGUCUUCACAAUUACAAAGCAGAGAUAUCCUCAGAGUAUUAGGGACGGGUCCCGAUUACCUCUUAAUUGAAGGGCUCCGAUACUAGUUUAAGGUACCGUAAUUCUUGCAGCUUGAAGUUGAAUUACUGAUGGAUGUCCUAGUUUUAGUAGUGAGGCAGCUCAAAGGCGACCAUAUCUGUGCCCAAUUGUAAGUUAUAUCGAUUUUUCAUCAUUCAAAUACCAAAGAUUGGCUAUUGUAAAGUUUCCAAAACUCCAAAUGUAUAGGGUCAAUUUUGCUUUGGAAGAUGAUGCAAAUUUUGCAUUGUAAAGUAAUAUGUUCUUUAUCAUUAUAUAGGUGAGAUAGAAUUAUUCUUGCUUA